AUGUGGAAAGAAAAGAAAAAGAUGGGAGUACACAUUUCUCACUGUAAUCGGUAUUUCAGGGCACAGCUGCCUAACAGCUUCCCUUGCGACUGCGGCUCCUGUGAACAUACCCCGAGUUGGCGCGAGCUAGCCAGCUUGCCCAGACAGUGCCGGCAGCGCUUCUGCGACACCCAAGCGGCUCGCCGCAGCCAGAGAGCCCACGGGAGCAAAGCGAGAGCUACGCAGCGAGCUCCAGCGGAGCUUCACGAGCACCCAGAGCCACCUUCGGCACGUCUGCCCGAGACGGAGUCGGCAGCAGUGACUGCCGGCGGGGCCCAUCUGAACUGCCAGGUAGGAAGAAAGUUCGCUCUGAUGGAUGCACGGGACAGGAAUGGAUCGGAUGCCAGCCCAUCCACGGGUUGCGCGCAGAAGUAUAUUGUGAAGAACUACUUCUACUACUACUUGUUCAAGUUUUCAGCUGCUUUGGGUGAAGAGAUUUUUUAUAUCACUUUCCUUCCAUUUACCUACUGGAACAUAGAUCACUCUGUGUCUAGAAGGAUGAUAAUUAUUUGGUCUAUAGUGAUGUACAUCGGCCAGGUCUCCAAGGACAUCCUGAAGUGGCCUCGGCCCCUCUCGCCACCUGUCGUCAAGCUGGAAAUGAGGACGGACGCGGAGUACGGGAUGCCUUCCACCCACGCCAUGGCUGCCACUGCCAUCUCCUUCUCCUUUCUCACUGCAACCACGAACCAGUACAAGUAUCCGUUCGAACUAGGCCUGGUCGCAGCCUUUGUGUUUUCGAUGCUGGUGUGUCUCAGCAGGCUCUACACGGGGAUGCACACGGUCCUGGACGUGAUCGGUGGAGCACUGAUUUCAGCUGUGCUGCUCAUGCUCUUGUAUCCUGCGUGGGACAUGAUAGAUCACUUGCUGUUAACUAGUCCCUUCUGUCCACUGCUUUCCAUAGUUGUGCCUCUUGUCUUAUGUUACAACUACCCCAAACUAGACUAUUACAGCCCUACCAGGGGAGACACCACUACUAUCUUAGGAGCAGGAGCUGGAGCAACUGUGGGAUUUUGGUUAAAUAACCAGUAUGCGGCACCAGCCUACACCGGCGAAAAUUUGCAGCUUGGAAUUCCUCUGAUUACCAGUAAAAUAGUGGUGGUCGUGUUAGCCAGGUUCUUCGUAGGGAUCUUUGUUGUUCUACUGACGCGCCAGCUCAUGAAGAGUGUGGUCCUUGGCGUGCUGGGUUACCGGUACAAGUUUCCCAUCGGCGACCUGGAAGCCCGAAGACGACUGGAAGUCGAAGUGCCGUAUAAAUUUAUAACGUACUCCUCGGUUGGCUUCAGCGCUACCGUGAUUGUGCCGCUGCUGCACAAGCUGUUAGGAUUGAUGUGA